AUGGAGCAACCUUGGUCAACCCGCCUGUCCAAGAAGGGCCGCUCAAAACCCAAGGCUUUCCGCACCGUCCCGUCUAAACCUAUCUCUAUAGCACGAGAUUAUAAUGCAAUGGACGUGGAUGAGAAGCAGCAGCAGGAAGCAGAGGAACCGACGUCUAUGCGCAAGAGCACGAGUAUAUCAAAGCCGUUGAAUGAUCAUACAGUAGCGAUCGAAGCGGUUGAGAAAUUGGAGAAACUUUCUCCUCAUGGCACUAUAACCUCUGAGGAGUCACAACGCAAAACGGUCUGUCUGGAGCGGGGACCCGCUCGGAUUUACCGGUACCGGUCAUUAUGA